ACCGACGUGGCCGUGGUGAUUUCCCUAUGCGAUAAAUAAAACACUCGGAGGUCUGUUAGUCUCUGCCAGCAAGACCUGCCUCCGGAAAAAUUUGUGCUCUUUCAAUAUCCAAGAAUGGCAGACAAUCGUGCUGACCUCCCCAAUGGGACUCACGCCAGUGAGAAAGAGGACUUGAGGAGCAGAGAAGCAGUCAACGACCAUCCCUCGACUGUGCCAGCAACCAAUCCCAGAUGGGUUCCGCUCAAUGACCAGCCCUUGUUUACACCUAGAAAACUCAGAGUGGUAUGCAUCGGCGCUGGGUACGCCGGGUUGACUUUGAUCUAUAAGUUGAAGUAUAAAUUGAAUGUGGAUUACAUUGAUCUUCAGGUAUACGAAAAGAACCAUGAUGUUGGUGGCACCUGGCUGGAGAAUCGAUAUCCCGGCGUUGCCUGUGAUGUGCCAGCUCACGUCUACACAUUUCUCUUCGAGCCGAACCCAGACUGGUCCAAGUAUUAUGCAACUGGUCCCGAGAUCUGGCAGUAUAUCAAGAAAACGUCGAAAAAGUAUCAGCUGGAGGAUCACAUCCAGUUCAACACCCGGGUUGUCGAGUCCAUCUGGAAUGAGCAGAAAUCGCAGUGGGACAUCAAGGUCGAGUCUAAUGGUCAAAUCACAGAGACGUCAGCAGAUAUCUUGGUCAAUGCAGCAGGCAUUCUGAACAAGUGGAAGUGGCCUGAAAUUGAAGGUCUCCGAGACUUCAAGGGCUCACUGCUGCAUAGUGCUGCGUGGGAUGAGACUGCGGACUGGGCUGGGAAAUUGGUCGGAGUCAUUGGCAAUGGUUCGUCGGCGAUUCAGAUUGUGCCCACACUUCAGCCCAAAGCGAAGCGACUGAUAAACUAUAUCCGUUCUCCAACAUGGAUAUCAACCAAUUUCAACCUGGACUUUGCACCCAGCGGAGAUGGAUUCGUAUUUUCGGAAGAACAGAAACGGAAAUUUCGAGAGCAUCCCGAAGAAUUGACCAAAUACCGCAGGGCUAUUGAGCACGAUUUUAACCACAAUUUUCCAACCUUCAUCAGCGACUCCAAAGAACAGGCACUAGUCGAUGGAGCUUUUCGAGAGAUCAUGGCCCAGAGGUUGGGGAAUGAUCCUGAACUUAUUGAAAAAUUGAUCCCCAAGUGGCAGGUUGGCUGUCGUCGGUUGACUCCUGGAGAGGGUUACCUGGAAGCCCUUCGCGCCGACAAUGCCGAAGCCUGUUUUGAUCGUAUCGUUAGAGUCACGGAGACUGGUGUUGAGACUCAACAUGGCGAGACCAAGCUCGACAUGCUGAUCUGUGCCACAGGAUUUGACGUUUCCUUCAACCCAUUCUGGAAGCUGGUCGGCCGCGACGGUCGCAGAUUGGAAGAUGAGUGGGCCGAAGUUCCCAAGGCAUAUUUUGGUAUUUGCUCUUCAAGCAUGCCUAACUACUUCAUCUUCAACGGGCCCAAUUGUCCGGUUGGUCAUGGAUCACUCAUUGCGGUCAUUGACUGGACAGCCGACUACAUCUGGAGGUGGUGCGAAAAGAUCGCCACACACGACAUCAGGUAAGCUCGCUUCAGGUCUAUGGCAGCUGUAUAGAACCGUGACUGACCAUGUGCAGCUCGGUAGUAGUGAAAGACGACGUCCUGGAAGAAUUCAACCUUUAUUCGCAG